AUCGUGCGUCGUUUUUUUCGGUCACAUCCAUCCACCGGUCGGCCGCCGCGGACCACUUUUCGAUCUCGCGUAUCAUCAUAUAUUAUUAUAAUACGGUUUGUUGUUGUCGUUGUACGUUGCCGUUCAUACUUGCGUCGUCGUCGUCGUGCGUAUAUCGUGAUUCGCGUUACACUAUAAUUAUAUUAUUAUCAUUUUUUUAAAUUUUUUUAUCUGAUAUACAUCGUCAGUAUAUUAAAUACAUUAUUUUUAUUCGACUUUAAAUAGACGACAGUACUCGUUUGAAUAGGUAAAAUAUCUACAGUACAAUAUAUAGGUACGGUUUGAUAAAGACGCGCGUGUCUCGUAUACUUACCAUCGUUAAAUCUAUCGACACUCUAGUUGUAUAUUGUAUAAGAAUAAAUCGUUUUCAUCAUGUACUGGUCGGAGAACGCGAACGUCUCGUAGCUCGGAACCGAGUGGACGUACGGCGACCUAUAAUCUAUAGCGUCGCUGCACUCGUCGCCGUCGCCGAACGGUGACUUUUGAAAUCGUCAGGUGUGUCAAACAUUCACCACGACGGCAUCGCCGGGUGCGCAGAGCGGGACGACCAGCGAGGCUGAGGACUCGUCCAGGUCGUCGUUGGGCUCUACGAUGAUGUUGUCUCAGCAGCAACAUCACCACCAUCACCAUAAUAUGCUGUCGCCAAUGUUCAACUUUUUGGACGUGCCGUGCAGCAGCAGUCCGCCUUUGGCUGCUUUGCACACCAUGACCGAGAUGAAGAACGGGUGCACGGCCGGCAACCCACACGGUAUCGAACAGAUACUGUCGCGGCCGCCGACCACUGGGGCAGCGGCCGCCAUCAGCCACCAGCAGCGAGCGUUCAACAGCGUGGCCGGCAUCGCGGCCGCCGGUAUGGCUGCGGCAGCGUCAUACUUCCACAACGGCGGCGUCAAACAUCCGGCCACAACGCUGGCCGACCUCACCACCAGGAACCUCUACUGGCCGGGCUUUCAAGGGCUGGUCAAUAACCCGAUUGCCUGGAGGGACAGGCUGGCUAGUCUGAACAAUUCGAAUCAAGAGAAGGACGGCAAAAAAAAGCAUACGAGGCCCACAUUCAGCGGGCAACAGAUAUUCGCGCUCGAGAAAACUUUCGAGCAGACCAAGUACCUGGCGGGUCCGGAACGAGCGAAACUGGCGUACGCGCUGGGCAUGACCGAGUCUCAAGUGAAGGUGUGGUUUCAAAACCGGCGGACCAAGUGGCGGAAAAAGCACGCUGCCGAGAUGGCUACGGCCAAGAGGAAGCAAGAAGAGGCCGCGGACGAGAGUGACGAAGACGAAGACAUGCGUGACGAUAGUGCGGCUAAACGGCUCAAAAGGGAAUUGGCCGCGCACUACGGUGGUGGAGGCGGUGGCGGAGGCGGUGGUGGCGGUGGCAUCGGUGGAGGUAUAUAGCAUCAGGCUUGGCCAGGCGUCGGACAUCCUGGCACCUUGGACCUGAAGACUCACGAAUGAACACGUCGAGAUGCGAGCACCUACUAUAUUGUAGGUACAUUGAUAACCGCGAACGCUGUACAAUUCCGAAGAUGAUGAUGAUGAUAAAUAUUAUUAUUUAUUGUUUUGUACAUUUCUAUAUACUUACUCAUAAGUACAUAAAUAUUUUAUACAUAACUUUAUUAUUAUAUAUAAUACAUAAAACUUAUGCCUAUCCAAAACGUCUAGUCAUCGCAUAUAAUUUUUUUUUUAGGUAUUUGUGCAUAUUAUUGUUAUUAUAUAAACAUUUAGAGAGCAAUAUAAUUACGGUAUAGGUAUCAUAAUAUUAUAAUAUUAAGUAUAGCGCCGUGCUUCAUAUAAACCCCAUCGAUCCUUAUUAUCAUAUUAUAAUCUUUAUAGCCGACAUUAUUUACAGAGAGCAUCGUGUUGGAUGGACAGUUUUACAUUUUAUUUGUACGUCAAAUCUUUGCGAUACACUCUGUACAUAAUAUACGUAUUACGACGUAGUCCGCGGUGUGUACGAUUUUUGUUAUACUUUGUUCUUUUUGUUUAUUCAGUGUAUCCCCCACCCAAUUACCCCAUCGUAUAGCGUUGCCCGGCCACGCGUAGGUAUACGACGCUUCGACGACGAUCAUUAUUAUUAUUAUUAUCUCGAUAAUUAAUAUUAUGUAAGGCCUUUAUUAGCUUUUUUUUUAUCCGCCGAUCAUUACAAUAAUAUAUUAAUACAUAAUACAACACUUACUUGGUUAUAAUGGUACAUAUUAUUUAAUGUACAAGUAUGUUUAAUGUAUAUACAAAAUACAAAAAUAAGUAAAUACGUUAAAUACGUUUUUACGAUUUUGUUUACGGCUUGUAAUAUCUGUUGUAUAAUAAUAUGUCGGGAAUAAAUGGUUUUAAUAAUUUAAUAUAAUAAUAAUUUGUAAUUACAAUGUGAAUAAACUAUGAUAUUAUAUCCCCCUUUAAAUACGUUGUAUAUAUUAUAUUUAAUGAUUGUUAAUAAUAUUAUUUAUUUAGUGAAGGUACGUUUGGAUAAUCGUUUGCACUUAUACACACAUGUACGGUUAUACUUAAUUUACCACUAAACCUUAAGUUAAACAAAUCAUGUAAUCUUUAAACAAAAAUAAGUGAAAUGUUGAUUUAAAAAGACAUAAUAUUAUUAUAUACAUCUAUGCGUUAUUUAUUUAUU